AUGAUCAUUAAAAAUAAUAUAAAAUAUGCAUGUGAGCCUUGCAUCAAAGGCCACAAGGUGGCUGGCUGUGAUCAUUCUGAUCGACCUUUAAUUCAGGUUAAAAGAAAAGGUAGACCAUCGACAGCAUGCUUCCAUUGCAAAGAACUUCGUAUGGUUCGGAAUGUAAAUCCGUCAGGAUCAUGUAAAUGUCACAGCAAGAAGGCUACUUCAUCGUGUGGUUGUACUGAAGGUAAUCCAUGCAAAUGCCACACCAGACGAAAGAGAGGUCAAAAUAAAGUAUCAGAAGCUCUAGAUAAUAUACCAAACUUUUCGAUCAAUACACCGACUAGUCUGAAGGAUGAGGAUAUCAAUGCGCUAUUGGAUCCGCUACCAAAUGUUUUCAGUUCCGUUGUAAGUUCAAAUAAUGAAUGCCAAAAUAUAACGCCGCCAACGAUGACAUCAGAUUUCUCUACCAAAGAUGAUAAAAUUGAUAGUUUUUCCAAAAUUCAUAUCCCCAUAGAAGAUUUGAAUCGCAAUAAUAAUUCGUCAUUGUAUGAUCUAAACGGAGACCUCCAUGAUGAUGAAAGUUGGUCUCUUUCUAAUCCAACUUUGGGGGAUCUUUCUAACUAUAACAUACUUGACCAGAAUUUCGGGUUAGAUUACAGUUUCAGGCUCGAUGAAGUGGGAAUUGAUGAACAAGCUAAAAUACAAAGGAAUGAUAAUAAGUAA